AUGAAGGGCAGGGAGCAGGGGGCCCCUCCAGCGUUCAAGCUGGGCUUCAACAUCCGGGGAGGAAAAGCCUCGCAGCUGGGGAUCUUCAUCUCUAAGGUGAUCCCUGACUCGGAUGCGCACAGAGCUGGGCUGCAGGAAGGGGACCAGGUGCUGUCGGUGAACGACGUGGAUUUCCAGGACAUUGAGCACAGCAAGGCUGUGGAGAUCCUGAAGACGGCCCGUGAAAUCACCAUGCGCGUGCGUUACUUCCCCUACAAUUACCAGAGACAGAAGGAAAGAACUGUUCACUAGUAGGCAGCUGUCCGCUGGGUCUCCAGAGUGGCCGUCCUGCAAAAAACUCUCCACUACUUUUCCUCAACAUCGGAGAUGACACGACGAGUUUCAGCUGUCACUGGAGGUACAACUGUCCUGUUGGCUGCACAGGCAUCAGCACUGCUUCCUGCGCGGAGGGGUGCCAACAGAGUCUUAUUUAGCUGGAAGAUGGAUGGGGCUUUAGUCUGUACUCCUUGAACUGGGUGUUGAAACAAGCUGAUGGUGCUGAUGUGGAAGUGGGUACCGGAGGGCAGCUUCUCCGGCGAGAUCUGUGCUUCUCUUCUAGUAGGACUUAAUAAGGAGUGCUCUGCUGGUUCUGGAUCCAACCCUUGUUGCUAGAUGUAAGGCCAAGAGGGUCUGAGCGUGCUCGAGCAGAGCACGGCCUUUGUCCUCCAGGAGAUCAACCUGUUCACUUCUCUGGUAACAUGAAAUUCUUUCCUUCUCCAUGUCCUACCUCUGCUCUACACUACUGGGUUUGCUUGGGACUCAAGGAACAGGAAUAAAAUCCAGUCAAACUCAGUGUACAUCUCUAGCUGCACUAGUCUGCCAAGGCAUGAUUGUACCUCUUUGCUGCUUAACGACCGCCACGAUAUGGGACCGAGACGCUUGGAGCAUGUUUCUGAACUGCUGCGGGCACUUGGCCAGGUUCCCCCAGGCGUGGUGCUUGCACGGUUAAGGGUUUCACUCGCUGAACCUGCUUCCUUCACUUGGCACAGCCCUGUCCCUGUCACGUGCUCCCAUCAGAACUCCCCGCCACUUUGAGGUAAACUUCUCCCCUUCCCUCUUCUCAAAGAACGGGGAGGAAGCCUGCUGUGCCCUGCGCUGGGAGAGCACAGAUGAAAACGUGCUAGUUAUCAGCAAAUCUGGGUGCAAAUGCAUGGUUCCAUCGUAUUGUAAAUGGCAUCAGGACAGCCCUUGCUCUGGCCUUCUGUGCGGUGUUUUCCGCUUAUCUGUAAUAACUGAAAUAAUAAAACGAGUACAGCAA